CAACCAACAACCAUCAAUCAUCAGCCAUCCCGGUGAUAUUACCACCAUUACGGCUACGACGAAAGCUUCGAUAUUAUCAUCAUGGACCGUUGAGUACCAUGACAGCUCACCGUUCUGAAAGAUGACACCCUUCAAGUUUCCCCCUCCACCUCCACCGCCUCCCCCGUCCUCAAUUCAGCAAGCUCCCAUGAAUGAUGCGCCAACACUCUCAUCAAGCCGCGGAAGAAACGCAAACAAUACCAGCAGUGGUUACGGUCGAGGAUGGCAGACACGUGGGACCAGCCACGCGAAUACCAGACAAGGAAGAGGAGGGAGAGGAGGGAGAGGGUUUUACAACGGAGGUAAACAAGUUUCUCGCCAGGGGCCCGGUAACCGGCAGAUCCACCCACAGUUGCAGUCAACGAUGUCUGAAAGUGACCAGCAGCGUGGUAUGGUUUCGUCCAAUGACAGGAUACCCCAUUGGAACGCUUCCACUCAAGUGCGUUCAUUGAACGAGCAAGCAGGCGAGCCGCGACAAAGCAGCAUUGCGCCCACAGAAACCGGCUCGCCAGAGAGCAACAGAAAACGGAAGCGAACAGUAGAAAGCUCGGGGCGGACGGAACAGCAUCACAAUCAGCGCUCCCAACAAGCACAAUCAAAGCCACCGAAAGCUAAAGCUGCCCCUGCGCCGGCUAUACCAAGUUUCGGCUUCUCUCUACCAUCGCAUCUUAUCACACCAUCGUCGAACGCCGCGGCAGCCAAAGAUGUGAAUACUCUGGGCAAGCAAAGAAUGAAUCUAGGUCUCACGACAAGUGCACCGGAAUCGGAUGGCAGUGACGAUGGAGCCGGUGAGGAUAUUGAUGAAGAAGCGGCAUACGCGCUAUUGCCUGCCUCACAACGCAUGACGUUCGAGCAUGAGGGCCGUACAGUAUCUCUGCAGACCCCGGCUGACAUAGCAGCCUGGAUUGAAGACCGUAGAAAGCAGUAUCCCACGCGCCUGAGGUCACAGGUUAAGGCGCAGGAGAAGGCCGAGAAACGUGCUAGUGAACUUAUGUUCUUGCGCAAGGUGAAAGGUGGGCCAGUUGUUCACAUAAACCCAGAAAAGAGCUUUGGUGAAGUCUCGACCAGAAUAGUGCGCAACCCCGAAAAGAAUGGAACGCACGCUCGCGAAAUCGAUUCCCGAAGUACCUUAACGACUGAGGGGCAGCCGGUUCAAGUUACAGGCAAACCAAAAGUCGAUCUUGGACUUGGGUACGGCACUGACAGUAACUCCGGGGAUGAGAGUUCGGUUCUCUCGGAAUCUUCUGUGGUUUCGAGCUCUGGGGAAUCAGAUGAUGCAGGAUCCGACGAUGAAUCUGAUGAGAAUGAAAUGGAGCCGGAGAAAUUGUCCUCCAAGAUCGUCCCUUGUAAUGCAGUACCCCCACCACCCCCGUCAAGAACUGGGGCUACAGGCAGUGCUGAGAAGGGCCCUCGUGCAUGUCCCCACUGGCUAAGGGGCAACUGCAAGUACAAAGAUCGAUGUAAACUGGCUCACCCACCAAGGGAGGAGAAUAAGAAACUAAGCCUGUACGAAAGAUUGGUGGAACAGGAAAGCGCAAAGACCGAUCGAUAUACACUCGAUGCGAUUAAAUGGCUUGGGCAACAUGGGUUUCUAGGCUGAGGAAUUCUGGUAUAUCGACUUAUUAACUAAAUGAAACUUCGUUUGUUUCCUUUUCGAUUGA